AUGAAAUUUGGGGAUUUUGUGUUCCUAUUAACAGUAGAAGAGAGAGGGAGAGAGAGAGAAGAGGGGAAAAGAGAAAAAAAUUGGGGAAAAAAAACCCUCGUCUCCUGGAGCUCCACCAGAGAUAACAGCUUCGUCGUCUGGAACCCUCCUGAAUUCGCGGCCAAGCUCCUCCCUACUUAUUUCAAGCACAACAACUUCUCUAGCUUCAUCCGCCAGCUCAAUACCUACGGAUUUCGUAAGAGCGAUCCAGAGCGAUGGGAGUUCUCGAACGAGCACUUCAUCAAGGAUCAGAAGCAUCUGCUGAAGAACAUCCAUCGUCGGAAGCCGAUCCACAGCCACAGCCAUCCUCCUUCGGGUUCCUUGCUGCCGGACCCUGAGAGAAUCGCUCUCGAGGAGGAGAUCGAGAAGCUUUCGAGAGAUAAAGCUGAUCUCAGCGCCAGUCUGUGGAGAUUCAGGCAGCAGCAGUCGGGCACCGAGAUUCAGUUGGAGGAUCUCGAUAGGAGAUUGUAUGAUAUGGAGCAGAGGCAGGCGAAGAUGAUUGCUUUCUUGGAGAGAGCCCUUCACAACCCCAAAUUUGUUGAGAAUCUGAUCAAGAUGGCAGGAUCUGGUGCGUCUCCCGGCGAUUUCUCUAUACUGCACAAGAAGAGGAGGCUGCCCGGAGUAGACUACCGUUUGGAGAUUGCAGACAAUAGCUUCUACGAUGAUGAUUAUAAUGGUAAGGAUGGUGGGCAAGUGUUUAGUCGGGAUUUCUGCGAAAAAUUGAAGCUUGGGUUGUGCCCUACUGCUAUCUCAGAGAGUAAUAAUCUGAUCACUACUAGCAUUCAGAGCUCUAAUGAAGCUGGUGAGAGCCCCCGAGUGGAGCAGAGUAGGAGAUUGGAGUGCCUGACUUUCGUGCCGGAAACCCUUGAACUUUCGGACACGGGUACCUCCCUCUGUCCAAGGAAGAACUCUUUGCUUUCUGGAUCAGUUGAUGAUGGAGAUGGGCUGAUCUCUUGUCAUUUGAAUCUUACACUUGCGUCUUCGUCGAUGCAAAUAGACAAGGGUGAUACUUUGGGUAGAAGUCAUUACUCAGAUCCUGAGGAGGGCGUUGGCGAUAAAGAAGAAGAUACCAUCAGAGAAGCUACAAAGAGCCAGAGCAAUGCUGCAGCUGCUACUUCAGAUGGAAAAGCAGCUUCUUUGCCUGACGCUGCUCAAACUAGUAAUCAAGGGCCUCCAGCUACUACCAAAAGAGUGAACGAUGGGUUCUGGGAACAAUUCUUGACUGAAAGGCCAGGCUCCUCUGAUACGGAGGAGGCAAGUUCUAGUUUGAGGACCGACCAUUGUAAUGACCCACAGGAGGAGAGGAAGACCGUGAACGAUAGCAUGUGGAAGAACAGAAAAGAUAUGGAGCAGCUGACCCUAUGAGCAGCUCAUGUGAUGAAAUGUAAGCUCUCAAAAACUACAGCUUUAUACCAUGCUCAACGUAAAUACGAACUUCAUCUACCCUAAACAUGGAACCUGUUGUAUUGAUAUGUAUGAAUAACUAAAAAGAUGCUCAUAUUUGCUGCACACAGAAUACAAGAGAAACACAAUGGGAGAGUCUGUGGUGUAUAUUACCUUUCAUCUUUAAAUUUGCAUAUUUAAUUAUAAAAUGCAUGCUAGUUGAGAUUGCAAUGA